CGAAGAUGCUUGUGCCAGCUUUGUUCCCCAGGAAGAAGCACUGCCAGAAGAUGCUUCAGCUCCUCUGAUAUCAGAGAGUCCUUGGGAAGAGCUUACUCUGGUGGGAGCGGAGAGGUCCACGUGAAGGGGAACAUCACCUGCUGCCAAGGUGUUUCUUGAGCUCAUGAGUGUGUCACAGAACUGUUGUGUUUUCGGAUAUUCUGCUUAAACUCUCAGAAGAAAAUCAACCAAAAAUGACCUGAGGUGGAGACCUGCUGCUUUAUCCCCAGGAGCACCGUCCUGCCCUGUGUUCGUGUUCCAUUUGGAUGCACCAUACACUAUGGUUCACGUCAAUGUACUGAAAAAAUCCAUGUGUGUUCUUGUGGUGAUACUGCUAGCACUGACAGUUUGCCUGUGGAGAGAGACAAGAAAAAGCUACUAUCUUCCUUUCAAGACUGAGAAGAAUGAUUUGCACGUUCAUAGGACUUCAGAAAACUGGAACCUGCUUAAAUCACAGGGCCUUUUCCACGAAGCAGCCAGUGAAUUGGGUCAGGUACCCAAAACGUGGUUUGGUGCCUCUGACAAAGUAAAAGACAACACCUCUGGAACAGCUGAGAAGUCAAAAAAAGCAGCAGACUCUGUGAAGGUAUGGGAUAAGGACAGUUCAUCCAGAAAUCUCAUACCCAGGCUGCAGAAGGUCAGAAAAAACUACCUGUCCAUGAACAAGUACAAUGUGACUUACAUCGGGAAGAGGAAUGCUGCUAAAGUCAGCCCAGAGAGGCUGCUCUGCCAGCUACGGGACAGGGUGAAUGUGAUCAUGAUCCAAGGCUCAGAUCAUCCUUUUAAUAGCCCCAAAUGGCAGCAAUACCUACCUGGGAAAAGCCUCAAUGAAACAGUGGGCCGCCUGGGCCGCUGUGCUGUCGUGUCCUCAGCGGGGUCUCUGAAAUCAUCUCAUCUGGGACAAGAGAUAGACAGCCACGAUGCUGUCUUGCGAUUCAACGGGGCUCCUGUCAAGGGGUUUCAAGAAGAUGUGGGUCAAAAGACAACAAUUCGUCUCGUGAACUCACAGCUUGUAACUGUUGAGGAGCAGCAGUUCCUGAAGGAAGCACUAUAUAACACUGGAAUCUUGAUUGUCUGGGAUCCAGCACCGUAUCAUGCAGAAAUUCAGGAGUGGUACAGAAAACCAGACUACAACUUUUUUGAAAGCUAUAAAUUGUACCGCAGUGCGCAUCCAGAGCAGCCCUUCUAUAUCCUGAACCCAAAAAUGCAGUGGCAGCUCUGGGAUAUUCUGCAGGAGAAUUCCCUGGAGCACAUUCAGCCUAAUCCACCGUCUUCAGGAAUGCUUGGCAUCGUGAUUAUGAUGACGCUCUGCGAUGAAGUGGACGUGUAUGAAUUCCUCCCUUCCAAACGGCAGACGGACAUUUGCCACUACUACCAGAAGUUUCACGACCGUGCCUGUACCAUGGGAGCUUAUCACCCCCUCCUGUUUGAGAAGAACCUGGUGAAGCAUAUAAACCAGGGCACAGACGAGGACAUCUAUACUCGCGGGAAAGUCACUUUGCCUGGCUUCCGAAACGUGCAUUGCUAGCAAAUCAUUUCUUGGUGUGUUUCAGGAUUUUUCUUGACUGUUAAAGCACUUUUUUAAAAUCAGGGUUGUCAGAUUUGUUCAGUCCAAGCACUGGUGUGUUUUGACAGCUCUUCCACGUUGCAACACUUGCUCUUAGGACUUGGUUGCCUAAACUUCUCCCAGCUGCAAGGCGGUGUUGAUACACUGUGGUACCUCCACUCCCCAUCUACAUGAGCCACUGCAAUACAUUUCCUCCUGAUGAAGCCAGGCUCAUGCAGAAGGUGGAUAUCUCUGUCUUCAUCUCAUCCAAUGGCAGUGUGGGAGGUGCAGGUGAUGCUUUCUAAGCAGAGGUUGCACAAGUCAGGAUCAGAUGCCAAGGAUAGUUUGGUUUGCUUCAAAGGGCUUACGGCAGCCAAAAACUGUUGAGAAAUAAGAAAAAUCAUAUAAAGCUUGUUCCUGUGGGUUUGGGAGCUCUUUGGAGCAGGGAUGAUUUGUGGAAACACUGUCAAAGCCGUGCUCUGAUAAGCUAAACUAGUCCAAAAUAUUUGAUUUUAUGAAUGAUUCAUGAAAGAGCCAUGACAACCUCCUGUCAAAUCCUACGACUUCUGACAAUAUUCCAGUGGCAUUUUUGGCAAAGGAAGAGGGAGGCAGUUCACAAUUCAGUGAUUCUUGCAAGACUUUUGAAUCUUUUAACUUUUUUAAUGGCUUAAAAUAAAUUUUAGUGAACAGUUUGCUUCUCCAGCACAGUGCUGUGCUUGGUACAGAAGAAGACUCAUUUCAGAACCGUUUUGUGGAAGAUGUUCUGAGGGCACAAGUGGGAGGACUCAGUGUAAAUCAGUACCUCUUUCCAUCUCUCUGCUGGUCUACCUUUGCAGCUGUUGGCCAGUUACUUGCUGGCCCAUCCCCAGUAGCAGAAAUACCACCUAGCUGCUGCUAGAUAAGUUCUCUGUGAGCCAACUGAGAUGAUCUCUCAGCUGCUGUGUGCUUUUUCUGGAUGGAUGGGGAGUGGAUGUGUCGCUUCAUGAGCGGUGGGAAGGGAGAGUGUUCUCUGCUCCUCGUGGUGAAACACAGGCAGAAUUGAGGAGGGUGUAUUUUUUCUUCUCAAGGAGACUGUCCUGUGACAGCAUGGUGGGAGCAGUAGCUCUGCAUUGUGUGUGUAUCAGUGAGAACAUCUCCCUGGUCUUCCGUACUGAAGUGUUUGGUGAUGUCUGUAAGGAAAGCUUUUUCUUCUCCUGUUUUGAAUAAA